GGCGCUCUGACCACUUUCUACAAGCACAACAGGAAGUGACGCAACACCACAACAGGAAGUGAAGAUCCGCAUAAGAGAGGGUAGCGGACUAGCAGCGAUAGCAGAAUAAACAUAAACACAGAGCUUCUUUUCGCUCUUCAGGGGUGAAACAAACUCAUUUCUGCAAGAAGGAGGCCGAAGCUCCGCCGAGAUGCCUGAAACGGAGAGUUACUCUAACCCUCUGGCUCCUGAAGGCCACGAGGUGGACGACCACAGAGCUGCUGCUCAGUCCAAACUCACCAACGAUGACUUCAGGAAGCUGCUGAUGACGCCGCGUGCGACGCCUUCCUCAGCCCCUCCGUCCAAGUCCAGACACCAUGAAAUGCCAAGGGACUACAAUGAGGAUGAGGAUCCUGCAGCGAGGAGGAGGAAGAAGAAGAGCUAUUAUGCUAAGCUGCGUCAGCAGGAGAUGGAGCGUGAGAGAGAGUUGGCCGAGAAAUACAGAGACAGAGCAAGAGAGAGACGAGAUGGAGUCAACAAAGAUUACGAAGAGACGGAGCUGAUUAGCACCACCGCUAACUACAGAGCUGUAGGACCCACCGCUGAGGCAGAUAAGUCUGCAGCAGAGAAACGUCGUCAGCUGAUCCAGGAGUCUAAGUUCUUGGGAGGUGACAUGGAGCACACUCACUUGGUGAAAGGUCUGGAUUUUGCUCUGCUGCAGAAGGUGAGAGCUGAAAUCACCAGUAAAGAGAAAGAAGAAGAGGACAUGAUGGAGAAAGUCCAGAAAGAGGCAAAGAAGGACGUGGAGCCGGAGGAGAAGAUCGAGUUUAAGACUCGUCUUGGGAGGAAUAUCUACCGCGUGCUGUUCAGGCCUGGUCCGGUGGAGAGAAACGAGCUGUUCCUGCCUGGCAGGAUGGCGUAUGUGGUCGACCUGGAUGAUGAGUUCACUGACACAGACAUCCCGACAACUUUGAUCCGCAGCAAAGCUGACUGUCCCAGCAUGGAGGCUCAGACGACUCUGACCACCAACGACAUUGUGAUCUCGAAGCUGACUCAGAUCCUGUCUUACCUCAGACAGGGAACACGACACAAGAAGAUCAAGAAGAAGGACAAAGGUAAACUGGAUGAGAAGAGGGCUCCUGAGGCUGAUCUGAGCAUCUUCGAUGACAUUGGGGACUACAUCUUGUCCACCGGCUCCUCCUCCAAACCACCCAAAGACAAAGAGCGACAGAGAGAGAGAGACAGGGAGAGAGACAGAGAAAGAGAAAUGAAACUAGAGGAAGAGAGCAAGGCCAGGAGACACAGCUACUUUGAGAAACCACGAGGAGAAGAACACCAGGUCAUGGAGGUGGAUACAGGUAAACAACUUCAUGUGAUCAGAAUAAAGACAUUAUCACAGUAAAACCUUUC